AAAUCGAGCAAGUCUGGCUACGCUGUUAGCUGCUUUGCCAGCUUCAGUUUUCCUUGGCAUUUGCCUUGUGCAUUUUAAGCAUCGAAUAAUUUGUGGAUACCGAGUCGAAGUCAGUUUAGUAAAAACGCUGUUUACUUAGUGUAUUUUCUCUAAAUGUCUACGGUAACGGCGAGCUCCAAAGAAGACGUAACAAUGGUCCAGACUCCCCAGAAGACAAAAGAUGGGCACGGGCAAGAGCCAAAUGGCAAAGCAGAAGAGGGGGAUGAAAGCGUCACACCAGGAACUAAACGCAAAUCUGGGAGCUCGCAAGGCAGUGCCCGCAAGAAGCAGCGGAAGAACAGCAUUUCGCCAAAAAUGGUGCAGCCAAAAAAUGCACUCAUGCAGCUGAAUGAGCUCAAACCGGGCCUGAAGUACUCUGUGGACUCUCAGGAAGGGCCAGCCCACCAGCCCAGCUUUGUUGUCUCUGUCGAGGUCGACGGCCAGCGUUUCACGGGCCGUGGCCAGUCCAAGCAGCUGGCGAAGCACGCAGCAGCACAGGCUGCUUUAAAGUCUUUCGUGCAGUUCCGUAAUGUGCCCGAAGCUUACUGGGCCAUGAGCCGCUCAAUGGUCCAGUCUGGGGACUUCACCAGUGAUGACGUAGAACAAGACGACAGCAGUGGCAUCUUCAGUGGAUUCACUGCGGAAAACCCCAUUGAAGAAUUCCACCGAGACCAGCUGAAGCGUUUCUCAGGUGGCAAGGACGGAGAUGCAGAGAAAAAGGCUACGAAAGCUGCCGAAGAGGCAGACAAGAAAAACCCAGUGAUGCUGCUCAAUGAGCUGCAGCCGGGCCUGGAGUACACGCUUGUGUCAGAGAAUGCGGCAGUGCCCACACAGCGCUUCACCAUGGCAGUUACGACGACCAACGGCGACGUUUACGAAGGAUGCGGCUCCAACAAGAGGCUGGCCAAGGCAGCGGCAGCACGCGCAGCACUGCUCAAGUUGUACAACAUUAUGGCCCAUCCCUCAGGAGCGCUCAAGCGUGAUGAAAAAGGUCCAAUUGUAGACACCCUGCCCCAGGCUCUGGCUGAUCGACUGGGCAACACGGUCAACGAGACGCUGCAGAAGGUGAUGGCCGACCGGGCAGAGAGCGCCAAGUGGAAAGUGCUGGCAGGCAUCAUCAUGACUGUGCCAUCAUCUGAGAAAGACAAGGAGGAUGAUGUAAAGGUCUUAACAGUGGCCACGGGCACAAAGUGCAUCAAUGGGGAGUACAUCAGCAUGAAUGGGGCAGUGCUGCAGGACUGCCACGCGGAGGUUGUGUCCCGGCGUUGUUUCAAAGACUUCCUGUAUGGGCAGCUCGAGCUCUGGAAGAACGGAAAAGAAGAAGAAUCCAUCCUUGAGCAGAGGCCGGACAAGCAGGGGUUCCGCGUCAAGCCAGACAUCAAGUUUCACUUGUACAUAAGUACGUCACCCUGUGGAGAUGGUCGCAUUUUCUCCCCUCAUGAGUUGAUGGCCGACUCUGCAUCCCUGAAUGCUGACAAACACCCAAACCGUCGAGUGCGAGGGCUGCUAAGAACAAAGAUUGAAGCUGGUGAAGGGACCAUUCCACUGAGGCUGGGCCCUGUGCUGCAGACGUGGGAUGGAGUGCUGCAUGGGCAGCAGCGGCUGCUGACCAUGUCGUGCUCCGACAAGCUGGCCCGCUGGAACGUGCUGGGCCUGCAGGGUUCGCUCCUCUCGCUCUUCAUUGAACCCGUCUACCUGGAGAGUGUGGUGCUGGGCUCCCUGUACCACCCGUGGCACAUGCAGCGUGCCAUGUGGGGCCGCCUAGAGGGCACCCUACACUUGGAUGCCGAGAGCCCCUUUCAACUGCACCGGCCUAGGCUUGGCGCCAUCUCCAGUCCUGAGUCCCGGCAGGGCAAUAUUGCUCGUUACAGGGUAAACAAGUCUCCAAACUUCAGCAUCAACUGGACGGCUGGUUGUGAGGGCCCUGAAGUGGUCAAUGCGAGCACAGGCAAGACGGAGGAAGGCCAGGUGUCGCGCCUGUCUAAGCGCUCGCUCUUUGACCGCUUUUGCCAUCUGUGGGGCCAAGUGCCCUCUAUCGAACAUCAGGACCCCAGCCAGAAGCCCCGGCUCUAUGCAGAAGCCAAGAAGUCUGCUGGCUUGUACCAGGAGGCGAAGACGCGCGUCACAGAUGCCUUCAGCGCUGGAGGCCUCGGCACCUGGGUCUCCAAGCCCAUUGAGGCCGACGAGUUUGAGCUCGACUUUUAAGCAGCGAGGAGGAGUGGCCCGUUGAGCAGGUGCCUCACUGCACGUGAAAACGCUGAGCGUUUUUUCUCCACCCUUAUCUGUUACAGUGGCCAUUUUGUCACCUUUUGUUUAUUAUUUUGGACUCAUCGCGCACUUGCUUCCUCUGCUUUGGUUUUAUCAUGGAAGUUGUUUGUGCAGUUGUUUUCCCCUGGUCUGUCUCUUUCUAGCAUAUUUCUACCAUUUUUUCCCCCAACGUUUUUUUGACGUCAUUUCAAUCGUUCAGUCAUAUUUUCCUUGCAGAGACAGACAGGGCUGUAGGCAUUUUGCAGGUUUGACAGUUCACUUUACUGCUAGAGGCAUUCACAGCUCGUAUCAUUUACUUGCAGAUGAGGCUAGUGCACCAAUGGCAAGGGCUUCACAAGUCGGGCACAUGCCAGAUGCCACACCUUUGGUGCAAGACACCAUUGAGAAAGUGAUUUCUUACCAAGUACAACCUUUGAGCAAUGAAUUAGCAAGCACCACUUUUUUUACUGUUAAAUUACACAUUUCCAUUUUCCCUUUUUCUUUUGCCUGUGACUUUUCAGGCAGCACAUGUCGUACAUUCUCGCCACUGUUCUCAUGUUUUAUGUGGGUUUGUAAGGCUGUGUCAUCCGUUAUCAUUCUCACCUUACAAUGUCCAAGUACUUUCUUGGUCAUGCGUACUGCAUUCGGUGUCUUGAAACCGAGUUUCGAUUUGUCAUUGAACAUAACUCUCAACAAGUGGCAUGGAGGUCAGUCACCUCUUGUAGAAACCUAGAUGCCAGGAAUCGCAAAAAAUCCAAGUCUUCAAAAGACUGCUUUCUCAGACACAUCCUUGGCUAAGAUCUGCAUUGCACUUGCUGUGCAAGUUUGGUGCGACUGCUUCUUUUUUCUCUGAAAUCUCUUGCCUCUCUGUGCAUGAGAUUGCGCUGUGAAAAAUUCACCUAAUUGUGGGCAGAACCCUUGCAAAUGGUUGUUUAGGUAUGAAGGGUGCGGCUUUGUUAAAGUUAUUUCUCUGUCUGUUUUUAUUAUAUGACAUCAUUGUAAACUUUCGCACCUUCAUGAAUUAUCACACAAUGCUGCAACCUUGGGAAGCUGCUGCUUUUUUCCAUUUCCUUUCAUUUUGCCAGCACUGAUUAAAUCAUUCCAUUCACUACUGCAAGAAAAAAAGUGUCUGAACUGUAGGGAGCAACAGUUCAGACACUUGCACUGCGCUUUGUUGCAUACCUUUAGCCAGGCUUUACAAGCAUUGCCACUUCGCAAUGCUGUAGUUUCGAAGAUGUACACACGUGAUCAAAAAUGUGCGGGCCAGUGGUGCUGCCAAAAAAAAAAAUUUCUUAGCUCAGCCAGACCACCUGAAUCCGACAAAUUUGCUGCAAUGUUUGCAACUCCAAGUUGGAACUGCAGUCUUAACUUUCAGGUUACAUGCCAAGGCAUUGAGGAAAUUUUUUUCUUUUUUCGUACCCCUGGGGUGCAUACUUUUAAACACGGGCGCGCACUCGGAACAGCAGCUCUGGUUCCGACAUGCUCCACACUUGUCUUCACUUCAGCCUGAAUGAAGUGUAAACGUUUUUGUGUCAUGGGAAUGUUCUCGUCAAAGGGGAAAAAGAAAAAAAGAGCCAGAAGUGCUUUUAUGGAGAUUGUGUCACUGCCAAUGGCUCUCUACGUCAGCUCCAAAGUAAGCAUAAUUAACUGCAGUAAAUAGUUAGACAGAGUGUCGAAGAGGUCACUACCAGCACUGCUGCUCUUGUCUACUUUCUGUUUUUCGUUAGUAAUAUGAACACGGCAGGCUAAAAUGGUUUGUUUUUAAAAGGUUUAAAAGGUAUUGUGCAUUCUGCGAAUUGAAGCUAUGUUUCUUUCUUCUCUGCAGGUCAGCAAGGCUCUUUAAUGCAUAAAGCCAAUAUCAUUACUGAUUCUUCUGAUUGAUAUGCUUUUGUAUCACAUGGUCAGUUAUCACUUGGUCUUGUGUUCCCCAAACCUUCUUGUUUCUAUAUUCCUGGUAUGUGAAGUGCUGAAGCAUGUUCCUUCUACUUUAGUUUCAGUGUUUUUUGUCUGCUGCUUAUAUUUGUCCUAAUAUUGGCACAGACUGUGUCUUCGAAAUGCUUAACCAUUACGGUUUGGUUAUACAGGCUGCUUUCUUAAAUUUUACAUGCAUUCAUAGAGCGACCCUAUUGCAUCUACGCCUUAAUUGAAAGUGGGGUUCGCCCCUAAUAAAUUUUUUUUAAGUGUUGGCAAGGCUGCAGUACAUGAUGCCUUUCUCUGACGCUUGUACUCAUGGUCUUCACAUUUGUAACCUCUAUAUUUAAAAAAAAAAUUGAACAUACCUAAGGUAGCGUAGACUUCUCUUUCACUCUCAGUAUUUUUCCUGCAUUGUUAUCAACAGCUGGGAAAAAAUUCAUUAUUUUUUCACAAGAUUUUUUUUUUACUAUAGUCGCUUGUUUUUGCACUGUCAUAAUCUGUCUUGUUAAAGGUAUUUCCUCUGUUGAGACUUGUUUACAUUAUGCACAUACAUUUUGCCCCCUUUGUUGUCAUCUGCACAACACAGUGUGUAUAGAAAGGAGCACACUGUGGGCUUUGUAGUGUUUGUAUUGGGUACAGAUUGGAGUAUACCUGGUGUUUUUGAGUGCAUGUUUUCUGUCCAGUCAUUACGACAAAGUGGCUUGACCUUGCACUUUUCUGUACAUAAGGAUGGGCUCAACAUACUUUUUUUUUUCCCAUGUUCUUCUUGCAUACGACUGUGUACAUAUGUAUUGCUAAAAGGGUGUGUAAAAUUUCAUCGUAGUGUGCUUGCCUGCAUUAUUAAAUUGGUUGCGUGGGUUACAUGAUUGACAAGCAAUUUUAUAACUUUGAAGAAACACAUCAUCAAAGCAGUAAACUUCCCAAACUUGUUUAUUGACUCAAAAAAUCGUGAACUGUGGCACUGGUGCAACGCAUGUGCACGGAAUAAUUUUCUGGUCUGUCUUAUUCUGAAGAUAUCGGGAAUGCUUGGCUGUACUCAUGCUGUAAGAUCCACUUUAUCACAGUAGACCCAGCGAUAAAGUUUUUUCGAGUCAUCUAA